UUGGUGAUAAGGCUAGGUAAAUCUGCGUGUCGUCAGCAUAGCUGUGAUAGGCAAUUUGAUUCUUUGAUUGACCAAAAGCAGAAGAACAGCGGAGAAACUUAAAAAAAAAAAACUUAAAAAAAAGCUAUCAGAUCAAAAAAAAGGGGUUUGAGUCUCUUCAACUCAAACCCAACUGAUACUCUUUAAUAGUAAGCAACCAAAGGUGUUUCCGCACUGACACGACUGCACACUAGCAUCAUAGGCUUAAUAAUACUGUAAUAAUAACAAACCAAACUACUAAACAAAAUGCUAUUAAGAGUAUAGACUCAUCAUCACAGAGGAUGUAAUUAGACAAUGACAAGCAAAGAUAGUUAUUUGGUGGAUGUAAAACAAAGUCAAAUAAACUGAUAAUGCAUAUGUGAGUGACAUAUGUGAGACAAAUAUUUAGUUUUUUAAUUUUCAGUUUGAAAGGUGAAUAAACUAUCGGUAUAUUUAAAUGUGUUAAUAACAUCAUUACUGAGUCUGGUUGAUGCAUUUCCUGAUUUUCUAGGUCAUGGCGCCCUGCUUUUUUUCUCCAACCACAAACUAGGGGUCUGUACCAUGUUGCAGUUGUCACUAUAGGCAACAUAUCAGAUCUUAGUGGCUGAAUGUAAAAGUUCACGAAAAGCUUAGAGUUUUUUUGUUUCUCCUUUUAAUGCUGUACAUGUGUGUAUUCAACAUUUAUUUUAUUUGAACAUUUCGGCUUUAAUCAUCUAUUAAUUUACUAUUAGAAUGUUUAAGGUAACACAAACCAAAUAUUUAAUAAUAACUGUUAAAUAUUUUAAUAAUGACGGUGAAAUAACAGAAUUCGGCAUCCUUUUGGAAUAUUGUAGUCAUUCAGCAACUCUCAAAUCGUGACUGUGCUUUAUAAGCUACACAAGAAAUGUGGGUUGAUAUGGGGGUGAAAGUGGAAGUUUUAGCUUAAACCACAUUUCCCAUCGUUUAACAUUUCUUUUAAGGUCAAACUUGUGAACCAACAGUUUAAAGAACAUUUCAAACAGCAAUUUUGUUACGACUUCAUAAGCCACCACAGAAAAAAACAUGUUGUUUCUGUGACAAUAAGCAUGUAAUAUCAACUAUAUAGGCAUUGUAAGUAGAAACACAAUAGCGACCCCUAGGUAGUGAAUCAAGAAAGACGUUUUGGGGGGGUUUUUCUAGGUCAGAAGAGACUAGGGGCCUGAUUUGGCGUGCCGGAAACAUUGUGUGCUGCUGAAUAAAAAUUGUUGCAUCAGUUCAUGCGAAGAGAUGUGAGGUAUGUGGUCUCUGACUAAACUAAACACUAUAGGACAAUCACGCAACCCACUUUCUUCAUAUGUUAAAUAAUAUUUAAGAUGUCGUUAAGACGUAGGUAUACCAGUCUAAUUAGUUUUACAUUGAUAUGACUUCUCAGAUUUAGAACAUAAAUUUGAAAAAAAGAGCAAUCUAUAGCAUUUAUUUUAAAAUAUGAAUAAAUAAAUAUUUAAAAGAUAAUAAAUAAGUAUAUAUGCCAGGCAGUAAAACAAAACAGAAGCAAACUGGGAUCAUCUGCACAUAAGAGCUAAAGCACUGUGAACCAAAAAGCCAUGAUCUCAUAGUAAUUGUGGGUAACACCGAAAUCUUUUUAAAUCCUGGAUUUUCCGACAGCAGUCUACCAUUUUCUCAGUCUACAAAAGACAGACAGAUAAAGUAUCGCAUCCUCUUAUUUAAUGAAUGAAUCUGGCUUGUGCUCAACGAGUGGAAGUGGUGUCUUGUGGUUUCCUCAUUUCAAAGACCCCGGACGAUCACACUGAUGACAUAGAUAAUAAAGAGGUGGUAGAAAAUACCAUUAAAACAUAUACUUAUAUGAUCAGCGAUUACGUUUGUGUGCAUAUGGAUAUAUUCAGAUGCGUCAACCUCUUAUAAACGGAUAAAGACAUGAUUUAGCUAAUGAUCGAUCUAAUGGAAAUAUGCCCUACACCAAAUCCAACCCUAAACCUACAAAAUAGUGUUAACAAAUGCAAAACUGACCAAAAGCCAUUUGUUGAUGCAACCGUUUCCAUUUCAACUGCCUUUUAGGCAGAUUCGAACUGUUUUGUCGAACCAUUUUACACAGGAUUCAAACUGGUCCAUUCUAUUAUCUAAGUGCAAAGCCUACCCUUUAUGAAAACCCAUAGAUAUGAAGCUGGAUAUGUGUAAUGCUAACAUUCAAAAGCGCAGGUUUUCAAAUCUCUCAGCAUAUUGAUAUUGUUUUGAAGUCAUAACAUGAUAUUCCUCAAGUACUGUGAAGAAAAUUACGCUUAAUAAAUCAAAACUCUGCAUAUAGGGUUUUGGAAACUGUAGUGAUAUGUACUUAUUGUGCACCAAGAUAUGUUAAUGCCAUGAGACCAGGUCGCUACCAAGAAAGAAAGGAUGGUAUGACUGGAUGACUGGAAUUCUUUUGCAACCUCUGAUGUACGUUUUUGUCUUCAGAAAAAAUAUGCAACCAGCAAGCGAAGAGGUUCAUCAAAAUUGUCCUAAGAUUUUGUUUUAGGACAAAUUUGAUGAAAGUUUUUGAUCCACUUCAAAUGUUGACCACUGUAUACAUUUGAAAAUCUCUAAGCUUCUGUGUACCUUUAAUAACUUUUUAUGAAGUUUAUGAAGGUCAGAAUGUAAAGUGCAAGGGUCAUGAUUUUAGUUGCUUCUCUCUUACUUAACGAAUACUGAUGUGAUUCUCCUAAAGCUUUCACAUCCUUCCUUUUUUUCAGUUCUGAUGCUGGACAGGAAGCAUAGGAUGUCCCUACCAUGAGUCUACAGGAAUAAGAAACAAAUGUUUUCUUAAAACAAAAACCAAUGGAAUAGUACAUGUUGGACAAAUAUUUAAUCCCUGAUUGAGAGUCUUUUAUUUAAUUCACAGGAUCAUCAAAUAUCUGGACCAAAAUCGCAGAUUUAGCAGAAAUGCAGGAGGUGUUUCUCCAGAAAUGUUUUAAAAAUGCUAUUCCACUGUAAAAUCUGAUAGACAGUUAUUCUUUUUGAUGAUGUAUUAUUUUCAAAAAUAUGUUGUCUUUCUUGGAAACAAUUUCUUCACAUACGAGGGUCUGAGAUGCCACUGGAAGCAGCGCUGGACGAAGCAAAAAAAUCAAGGAGCUCACUAAACUUCAAGGAUGGGAGAAAAGGAACAGGACUGUCUCUACACCACUCUCUACCUCAUCGCCUUACAAAACUCUAAAGAUGCUUACACUGAUCAUAAAAGGGCCGGCGUGAAUGAGAUGUCAGUGAACAUCUCUAACCUUGCAUUGACAGAAGCUUCUGAAAAGCCAGGACCUCAGCAGAGAACGCAACAUGCAGCUCAGCCAGAAGAUGAAGAUGAGUCUUGCUGCCAUUGCUGUCAUCAUAUGGACAAAACAGGCCCAUUGAAUGCUGCACAAGCGUCUCCACAAAGGAGAUCUCAUUACCUAUAACAGAAGAGUAAUCCUCCUUGUGUCAGAGCAGUUAUCAAACAGUUUCUUCACAACUGAAGGUUCGGGAUGCAGCUAUUGGAUGGGUCGCUGGGUGAAGCAAAAAAUCCAAGAGCUCAAAAAAAUUCCACUUCAAGACUGAUAAAGACGAUGUUUAUGCGGAAUGUCAUGCAAUUAAUAUGAAGUUCUGUGAAACCAUGCAUCGGCAGAAUAUGCGCUCCAAAAAGGAAAUGGCCAUGUUUUAUGAAUAUAGACGUCACUGGAGUGGAAUGGUUGAAAAGCUGAGGGAGAAAUACCCCCAGUGGACAUCUAAAGACAUCUUGAACCUUCGAUAUCAGUUUGAAGUUUUUGUCGAAGAUCAAGGCUAUCUUCUUCACUACGCUACCUUCAAUGAGAUGCUCGACGUCUUUCAGGAUGACACUUCUCCCGAGCAGCGCAGAGCCAUGUUUGACCGCGUAGACACUCGUCGGUACAACGCCAUCAACUUCGAGGAGUAUCUUCAGCUGAUGAACAAUAUCAACAUCGGGACACCUGUACCCAGGCCUCCCGGGAUUGAGAAGGACAGAGACGAGAUUAUGAAUUUAGUCUCAGAUUUAUCAGAAGCUUACACCUUUACACAGAUAUGCUAUGGUUUGUUCUAA